GAGUCUACUGCAAAUACUGACGAUUUCGAAACGGCGGAUUAUGCGGACUUUGUUCAACCUGACUCUGGAGGUCCAAUUUUGCCGCCAUUCGUAUCACAGCAGCUUGAAGCGACUACAUGGCUGCAAUGCUACACCAAUCCUACCCCGCCCGUACCAUCAUCGACCGACGGCUACAAUUCGCUUUCCUCACCUUCAUCGGUGGGGACGGCAAUGGGCAUGUCAUUCUCGGACUGGCUUGAUGUUCCUUCCCCUUCGGACUUGACCGCCCCUUGGGAAUCACCUUCCAGAUUUACAUCGACACAACAAGGACGUACACCUCAAGAAAAAGGAUUUGUGUACAUGGCGUUAAAAGGCGGUCGAUUUCCGAUUCAGGAGAAGGCUCCAUCAGCAUCUCGGAUCUUGGUGCAUACAGACCAUGCACUCAUCACACCACAAAACCCCAUGUUCGCCGUUCAUCCAUCAAGUGCAUUUCGCCGUUUCCUUGUAACCCACGGUCGUCAUCCUCAAAUCUCGCCGACCUCCUUAUUCACGGGUCAAGCGUCUCGCCGCUGUAGUCUUUGUAGCUCUCUUUGUAGCGCUCUUCGCCCUCGAAGACGAAGUCCUGAGAUGGCUCGUGGAAGAAAGCAUUUUCCGGUCCGCCCUGCACAUAGGCAACGUAAUCGAUGUCGCCCUCAGCCUUCAAUUCCUGCAUUUCCUCUUCGCUCAACUCCUCGACGCCGAAGGCCCCGUCACCGCGGCGCCAAAGCUUGGUCUUCUGGAUCCACACACGUAACCCCAACCGAUGAGCGUUCCGUCCUCUCUGCGGAGUUCUCCGAUCCUGUUGCGGAAAGGAUGUUUGUCGCGCUGUUCGGCGUUCUCCGGGGGGAUGUAUCCGUCCUCGAUGGUCAAGCGCUGCUUCUUGAGCAUGGAGACGGCAUCCUUGAAGCGAAGUGGCCUAGGAGCUCUGGCGGAGGGGACUCGCUGGGGUUGGGGUUGUCCAACGUUGGUGGUCGUGACAUCGUUGCGCUGGAGAGUGGUGUGUUGGUGAUGCUAAAAGAGGGAUCCCAUCAGAAGAUUCUCCAUCUUUAUAUGA